AUGGAUUUCAAUACAAUUGAUUUAACUCGAGCAGAACAAGCUACUUCUUUGUUAAUUAAUAAUGAACAACAAGAAUAUCAAUCAAGAACAUUAUUAGAUAAAAAUAAUGGACGAUAUGCUUAUUUACCUAUAUUUCCAACACAAUAUGUUGGUCCAAAUGAGUGUUUACUUUUGGCUAAUGUAUCAGUUAGUCGUCUUGCACCUCAUGAACUCGCUCGACGUCAACAUGGAGCUUAUACUUCAGAUGCACUAAUGUUGAUGAAUCAGUACAAUUAUUCCGAUGAAUUUAGUUUAUCUGAACACGAUGCUAAUGAAUUAGCUUCACGAUUACAAGUAGGCAAAUCAAUAAUUACUUUCAAUGCACAACGACUUCGUAGCAACUGUCAUACUCUUCUUGCAUUUCAUGAAUCAUUUCGACGAUAUGUUCUAUGUAAGAGUGAUGUUGUUCUAAAAGAACCAACACCCAAUUCGAAACAAAUGGCUAUGGCAUUAGAAUUCUAUUUACAAAUCGAUGUGGAUUUAUUCUAUAUGAAAACUUGUUCGUUUCGAGGAGCUCAACCUCCAUCUAAUAUAGAAGGUCUAUUUUGUAGAAGAGAUGAACCUCAAGCAAGAUAUUCAUUGGUUCCAUGUGAUAAUCUUUUUUGUCAAUGUUGUCUUCCAUUAAAUACUUACCAGAAAAGUCAACCAUGGCCAAUUGUUAAUUUUGCUUCAAGUUCAAUG